AUGGAAUAUGCACAAAAACUUUUUGGAAAAAAGAUUAGCCCGGAUGAAAUGCGGGAUAUUAGAACACAACAACGCGUACUUGAACGUCAAAUAAAGGAAUUUGGUGAUGUAGAAAAAAAAACUACAAGUCUUUUAAAGCAAAACGCAAAAAAAAAUGAUGCGAAUGCCUGUAAAAUUUUUGCGAAAGAACUGGCCGGUAUCAUGGAUGAAAUGAUAGAAGACACAUUUGAAUCAUUUGAAGAUAGUGACAUUGAAGAGGAGGCAGAGGAAGAAGUCAAUAAAGUUCUUUUUGAACUCACUGAUGUCGGUGCUCCAUUAGAUGUAACUACAAUUUUUGUUAUAUUAUUGUGUUCCGUUUCAUUUACUGUUGUAACUAUUUAUGUUAAUAAAUUUUUGCGAUUGAAAUUACAGCUUAACGUUGAAGAGGAAGAGGAAGAACCGGAACUUAACGAAAUGCAAGCCAGGCUACAAGCAUUAAAAUCGUGA